AUGGCUACGACUAGUUCCACCAAUACUCCUACCACCGAGUCUAUCGCUACUGUUAGUAAUCCCGCAGUCAGUACAAUUAUUACCACGGCAUCCAGUAUGACAAACCCAGUACUCAGCACACAAGCAUCACAUGAUCUGUCCAUCAGUUCUGAGGCAGAUCAAACUGUAAUUUCCCCGACGUUCUUGAGUGAGACAGCUCAGAACAUACGCAGAGAAGUGAGAGAAGUUAAUCAACGAGCGGAACAGGCACUACAAGUCAGAGACGUGCAAAAUAUUGUGAGUGCUUCUGUCGGUUUUCAACAAAUACAACUGAUGAAAGAAGUGGACGAUAAGAUACAAAAAGCACUUAAUGACGUCAAACAGCUCAUUUUGUCUCUGUCCGCUCAGAACCAAACACAAACGCCUACUUCUCGAGUAAAUGAUGAUUUACCACCACUUGAGGCAUCAAGAACCUCGCGGGAAGCGAACACAUCCAGGUAUGUGCAGCCAGAGGUAUCGCAUGUACAACAAAGUUAUGCUCAGCCACCACCACUGAUACCAGCACCAAAUUGCGUACCAAUUGGGCAACAUGCACCCCAAGUUGUUGAAGCAUAUACACGCCAGACACCUGCAGUAACGCAAUAUCAACAACAACAGUCACUUCUGCAGCAGCAAAAUCCUCUGCCAUGUUACCAACUACCAGCCCAGCCGUAUGUCCAGCCACCACAGUUACCGCCGUCACAAGCCCAAGCUCCAUACCAAGGCAUACCACAAUACCAAGGGUAUCAAAGGUAUGAGAACACCCAGCCUGGGUAUCCACAGGACGCCUGGUCUGGGUCAGCAGCUCAACCACCGCCACAACAACCACAAAGCUACAACUUCGCAAUGUCGAUGCCAAGGCGGCAGGAGCCUUUAGACAAAUUUAAGUUGGCCAAAUGGGGAGUGAAGUUUGAUGGCACAAACAAAACUAUAAACGUGCAGGAAUUUAUAUUUAGAGUGGGAGCGCUGAGGAGAGAUUACAGCUGCACAGACAACGAACUCCUACGCAGUUUCCAUAUACUGCUAGAAGGUCCAGCCCUGGAUUGGUACUGGGACUACCGAAAAAUCGUCCAUAUCAAUACUUGGGAAGAACUCGAGAAAGCUUUGUUGGCUCAGUACCGCAGAUUUGAGCAGGAGCAUGAAAUUCAAAUGCGCAUUUUAAAUCGACGGCAGCUGCCACAAGAAACCUUCGAUGAGUUCUAUAAUGCUGUGAUAAAAUUGCGAAACCAGCAGCAGAAUCCAUAUGUGGAAGAGCAGAUUGUAGAGAUCAUGAGAGGCAAUCUAAAACCAUCGCUGGCGCAGAUGAUGUUCUCAGUGAGGUUGAAAACGUUGUCAGAAUUCUGCAGAGAAGUGAGGCGGGCUGAGAACUUGUUAGCCAACCAGAGACAAAUGUAUCAACGGUCAGCUCAACGGGUAAACGAAUUGUACUGUGUGGAAGAUGAGCAGUCGUUGAUAGACUUGGAGGUAGAUGGUAUUCGGUCGACCAGCCAUUACACUUGCUGGAAUUGCAAGGUCGUUGGCCAUAGUUUUAUGGAUUGUCCCGAACCCAUAACUAGGACAUUUUGUUUUAGGUGUGGUAGGGAAAAUGUAGUGGCACCCAAAUGUCCAAAAUGCCAGGGAAACCGGCCCAGGAACCCGUCUCGAACUGGGGAGGCGAGGUCCACCGACGUGUAGACCCAGUAGAAGUAGGUCUACAACAACAGCAACAACAACAAGUGAGAACAGAAAUAAGGGUUUUAAAGAAUUCGAAUAGGUCGGAGUUUGAGUUAAAACCGGAGCCUCGGCUUAGGGAACUCAAACCCCUACAUAUUCGAAUUCGAGAGUAUAAUGAGGCCAAAAAUAGAAUAUUCGGCAAAGUAUCAAAUAAGAUUAAAAAGGCCCGCGAACGAUACAGAAUUAGGAAAAGACUGCGUAACGAGAUCGCGUCAGCUUCUCUUUACGAAGGAGAAGAUUCAAGGCUUUACACUAAGAUAAAAUUAGGCGGUCAAGAGAUAGUGGGUCUUCUCGACAGUGGCGCUACCGUAACGUGUCUCGGAAAGAAUUGUCUGGAGUUUAUUGCCAAAACCGGUCUCGCGAUAAAAGACUUCAGAACUGUUAUUAAAACAGCGGAUGGAACAGUCCAUCCCAUAGUCGGCCGAGUUAGGGCAGAAGUUUCGUUCCAUAAUACGGUAAAUGUUAUCGAUUUUUAUCUAGUGCCUACUUUGAAUCGAGAGCUUUUCUUGGGUGUCGAUUUCAUGAAGGUUUUUAAAAUGUUUGCCUGUUUAGAUAGUCUUACGACUAAUGGAAUUAGUCUCUGUGAAGAGGCAGAAAAUACCGUAGAUAUU